AUGAAUGAGGCGCCUACAGGUUUCUCAUUUGGAUCGAGAAGUCGGCUGGCUCGGGCGAUUUCCUCCGGUAAGGAUGAGGUACGUGAGGAUGAGGAGGAGGUGGGAGUUGAGGAGGAGGAGAUACCGGAUGUUCACCUUGAGCACGACAAGGAUGAUGCGGAGGAGGAGGGCUAUCCGGGAAGGCCUGCAGACACAUCUGUGUUAAUUUACUAUCAUGACCAUGUCACUCGACGAGUUUGGGAGGGCGAUGAACGGGUGACCAUAAAAUCCGUGAACCAUGCGCAGAAAAUAUUUGAUCUUUUUAAGACAUGGGCUCAGUGGUUUAAUGACGUUGUAGCUAGGAGCGGGCUUAGCCGGUUAUGCAUGACCGAAUAUAGUACCAUCAGCCACGACAUGCAGGGGACAUUUGCUGAAAGGUGGCACAAGGAGACUUCGUCUUUCCACCUUACUGUUGGGGAGUUGACGAUCACCCUACAUGACGUGGCCUGCCUUCUCCACCUGCCGAUCAUAGGGAGGUUACUGGGUGUUCGCAUUAGGCAUAGUCAGUAG